AUGGAAGAAAAUAUGGCGAUGAUAUUCGAAAAAAUUCCUUUGUCGAACGACACUGUCUCGAAUAGAAUUUCUGAUAUUAACAAGGAUCAAUUAAUACAACUUAUUACAAGAAUUAAAGAAAGCCCAAAAUUUUCAAUUCAGUUGGACGAAACAACUGAUAUUACUAAAUUGGCUCAGUUGUUAGUAUAUGUCAGGUACGUUUAUAAAGAAAGCGUGGAGGAAGAAUUGUUAUUUUGUCGUCCUAUGGAAGACCAUACUACAGGGAAAGACAUAUAUUGUAAAGUUGACGAAUUUUUAAAAGCAGAAGGUUUAGAAUGGAAAAAUUGCUGUGGAAUAUGCACAGAUGGUGCAAGAGCGAUGACGGGCAAAAAUAUUGGUUUUAAAUCAUUUUUUAAAGCUGCUCAUUAUGAUCAUAUAACUUUUACUCACUGCCUUAUUCACCGAGAGGCUAUUGCACAGCAAAAAAUUAGCACCAGAAUUGAACGAUGUGCUGCUUCAGGAUGCUGUUAA